GCCAGUCACAAUGUCCAAGCGCGGUCGCGGUGGUGCCUCUGGCAACAAGCUCAAGAUGACCCUCGGUCUGCCUGUCGGAGCCGUCAUGAACUGCUGCGACAACUCGGGCGCCCGUAACCUGUACAUCAUUUCCGUCAAGGGCAUCGGUGCGCGUCUCAACCGCCUGCCUGCUGCGGGCGUCGGCGACAUGGUCAUGGCGACCGUCAAGAAGGGAAAGCCCGAGCUGAGGAAGAAGGUCAUGCCCGCCGUGGUCGUCAGGCAGAGCAAGCCCUGGAGGCGGGCGGACGGCGUGUAUCUUUACUUCGAGGACAACGCUGGCGUGAUCGUCAACCCCAAGGGCGAAAUGAAGGGCUCCGCCAUCACCGGCCCCGUCGGAAAAGAGGCUGCAGAGCUUUGGCCGCGUAUCGCCAGCAACUCGGGCGUCGUCAUGUAAACGGGGGUGGCUUUCUUUUCCUGCGAUUCUCAAACAUUUACGGCUUCAUCGGAAACGGCGAAAUGCAUGGAUUGGGUUGUGGAGACUUGGUCGGACGCUCAUUGCGGAUAGAUAGCAAUGGACGAACACCUUCACAAAAAGAAGUACACCUUGGGACUCUGAGAUUUGUGCUAGCGAGGGUUUCCGAGUUCCGGUCACAACAGUGGCAGAUUCCGCAAUAUUCCCGAUCCGCGACUUUUCCUGGAGCGUUCGUUGAUCACAGAAGCCGGUAGAGUGCGGUAGCCAGGCCAUGAAUCGAACAAAUAUUAACAAGACUACAAUUGGCUAUCCCCGGGCUCUCUGUUCCGUGUCCUCUUAUCGGCAAGACUCUCCCCGCCCUCACAGGUGCAAAGGAUGCAUUUAAGCUGGCUAAACCAAAAUGACUUAUGUAACCGGAU